AUGGAAAUAGAUAAACCAGAUCAUCAUGUUUCAUCAAUUAAUGAUAGUUCUGUAAUGAAUAGUUCACCUAAUGCAAAACAACAUUCUUCAGAUCGUAAUAAUGCCUUUGUGGUAGAAGUGAAUAUUACAAAAAUUAUGGGUCCUGAUUAUCAACAAAGUGUUGAAGCUUUAAAAGAGUUAGAUAAAAAUUUAAAUUCUGCACCAGAAUCAAUUCUUCCUCAUGCGGAUGAAAUCGUAAGAUCUUUGGCACUUAAAGUCAGAUUGUCUUACAGCCAACUUGAAACCUCAUCGCCAACUUUAGUUCGAUUGUGUAAACAUCUAGUUAAUGCUUUGGUUUUAUUGUUUUCAAAUAAAGAUUUAGCAAUGGCAGUAUCUCAAGAAGCUUUAGAUACAUUAUUAUCAGAACUUGCUCGACGUUUGUUAGAUCCAAAAUUACAAGAACUCGAGUCUGGCCAACAGUUGUCUAAAGCUUUGAAUGUUUCUAUGGUUAAAGUUUUAGAAAAUAGUAAUCGUAAUGCUACAUAUAGUGCACUGAUAUCCAUACUUGAAAAAUACUCUGAUUUAAGAAAAGCAAACGAAGACACAAUUUUUGAACAAACGAAAUUUGCAGAAUUGAUUAUGAAGUGUCUAUGGAAAUUAGCCAAAUCUGUUCAAGAAAAUCUUAAAGCUGGCACAUUGAAACCUAAUCAAUUACUACGAGAUCUAAAUGAUUUUUUCUUAGUAACACCACCUGCUGAAUGGAAAAGACGUGCCACAGAAAAAGUGGCGCUUGGUGAAAUGCCGCUUCGUACGGUAAAAACCUUGUUGUCCGAAUUGAUAACAGGACUUGGUGAAGGUGUUUACGAACAUUUGGAUCUUAUCGAAGACCCACCAAAAAGUUAUGUUUAUCCUUAUUUGCACCACAUGCUUGAGGGUUCAAGGAAAAAACAACAAACUCCAAAUCAUACCAAUCCUGAUAGUAACCCACCAAGUAGACCAUUGUCUAUUGAAUCUGUAAGAUCCCUUAGUUCAGAACCCAUUGGUUUAUCAUCUAACGACUCACCACGCUCAUCUCCGGCUCCAAAAAAAGAAUCAUUAAUACAAAAAACCAAUAUAUACCAAUCAAUAACGACAAAUGAAACAAGAGCAAGAGGUCCGCCUAUACCUGACAUACCAGUACACUUCAAUGAAACACAAUCCAAUUCUUCAGAACCAGUUAGUCCUGCGUCGCCACGAACUCCUAUGACACCCAAGUUUCCCACACCGACAAAUAGUGCACGUUCAUCUGGCUCACAUGAAGUCGAAUUAAAUGCAAGACUGACUCAAAUUUUUGUUAAAAUUGGAACAAGAGAGGAAACUAAACAAGGUAUUUAUGAGUUAUACGAAUUUCAAAAGAAACAUCCUGAACUAGAAAGCAAAGUUUCAGCACAAUUAUCAAGGACAGGAGUAUACUUUCAGAGUUAUAUUAAACGUGGUCUUGCAAAUAUCGCAGCAGAGGAAGAUGAAAAAGCAAAAGCAAAUAUCAUCGCAGAAGCUAAAUCAUUAUUUCCUACAAAUAAUAACAAUAUAGAAAAUCCUAAUUUGUCAGAAGAUGAUGCUUAUAAACAAAAGUUACUGAGGCUACAACAAACAUUUAAACCAGUUGAUUGA